AUGACUUCAAAUUCAGGUGCCCUCGAAAGGUACUGUCUCGUCACAGUCGGCGCAACUGUUGGGUUUGAGGAAUUAACAAAAGAAGUUCUCCAAUCUGCCUUUUGGCAGUUUCUCAGAGAACAAGGCUUCACAGCCCUGCAUGUCCAAUGUGGACCUGACAUUCCCUGGGCCAGUGCCCGAUUCUCAGACCAGAAGGAGAAACUCCCCAAGGGGUUCGAUGUUGACGUGUUUGACGUCAAACCCAAUUUGAUGAAGGACGAAAUGGUUCUCUGCCAAGCUCGCCCGGGACAGCGAGCCCAAGGCUUGGUCAUCUCACACGCAGGGACUGGAACUAUUCUUGAUGCGUGGAAGAUGGGGCUUCCUCUCAUCGUGGUUCCCAAUACCCGAUUGCUCAAUGAUCACCAAACCGAAAUGGCCAAACAUCUUGCGAGGCAAGGUUACGCAACCAUGAGUUCCGCAGACCGUCUUGAUCUUCAGGAAGCGAUUCACAAGGCGGUCCUUCUUUGGGAAGAGAAUAAGACAACACGAUGGCCGGCCCAUAAUGUUAGGGGUAAGGAGAAGGAGACUCUGGGACUCUGGGACAUCAGGCCCGGGGAAGUAAAGAAAGAAGAAAUAUCGCAGAUGUCUCAUGACUAG